AAUUUAGUCGGCCGUGAACACCCGAUGUAGUAGUAGGUCAGUUUACUCGCUGUAAUACGCGUUUUCCUACAGCGGAGAUACCGAUAACAACACCGUUCGGUUUAGAUUAGUUGGUUAUUUUAAUCAAAAUGGCAAAUUUAAGACAAACUCCUUUAACUUGCAGUGGCCAUACUCGUCCAGUCGUCAAUUUAGCCUUUAGUGACAUCACUGAAUGUGGAUACUUCUUGAUAUCAGCGUGCAAAGAUGGAAAACCCAUGUUGCGGCAAGGUGAUACUGGAGACUGGAUCGGUACUUUUGAAGGCCACAAGGGAGCUGUUUGGGGGGUUGCUUUGAACAAAGAUGCAACCAAAGCAGCUACAGGGGCUGCAGAUUUUAACGCAAAGGUGUGGGACGCGGUGGGUGGAGCAGAGCAACACAGCUUCCAACACAAUCAUAUCGUCAAGUCUGUCUGUUUCUCGGACGACGGCUCGUUGUUUGCGACGGCCAGCAACGAGAAGCUCGUCCGGGUGUUUGAUCUCAACAAACCUGAUGCUGGACCGCAGAAGUUCUCCGGACACACGUCCAGUCUGCGCCACGUGUGCUUCCUGCGUGAUGACACCCGGCUUGUGUCCUGCGCAGAUGACCGGACAGUCCGCGUGUGGGACAGGAACUAUGGACAGGAAGUGAUGAAGCUGGAGUUCAAGCACUCGCCGACCAGUCUAGAAGUGUCUCGGGACGGGUCCAUCCUCACUGUAUCUCACGGCAACACCGUGUCUUUCCUGGACUCUCAAACGCUGGAUGUGGUCAGAGAGGUGCCAGUGGCUACACAGGUCAACUCUGCGUCGCUACAUCCCGACAGAACCAUCUUUGUCUGUGGCGGAGAUGACCUCAAGAUGUACAAGUUUGACUUUGCCACUGGAAACGAGAUAGAAUCCUUCAAGGGACAUUUCGGUCCCGUACAUUGUGUCAGAUUCUCCCCCGAUGGUGAAUUGUACGCUUCGGGCUCCGAAGACGGAACCUUACGACUCUGGCAGACGACGGUUGGCAAAACUUACGGCCUGUGGAAGUGCGUCGAGGGAAUUCCCAACCAAGAGAUGUCUACGAUCCCAGAAGUCGUUGCCAACUAAACUACAGCUGCGCUACGAUCUAUACACCUGUUAUCAAUCCACUUGUAGUUGAGCAGCAUUUCAGUUAGGUUGGGUUUUGUUUGUAAAGAUCCUAAGAAUGUACCGUUUUUUAUUUGUUUCUUUCUGUACCAACUCUGACUAGUUAUUAUAUAGGUACCAACUAUACCAACUCCCAACCCUUCUUUAAUACUUCACUGCUUACUGGAUUAGCUGGCUUAACAUUUCCACACCACAUCUAUAUUUUAAUAGCAGAACAUUUUGUUUUGAGGGAACUCUUGCAGUCAUAACAAAACGUUUUCAAUUACAUGACUACAGUUAGUAGCAAAAGAAGCUUUUUAAAACUAUGUUCCCAAAAAUGAGUUUUGUUUCAAUAAAAAAAAAUAUCUGAUGGUAAAUACUAUCCAGCUUUCCCAAAGGCAGAACGUCUGAAUACAGUUAUAUCUUCAGCAUGUGACCAAAUCUUAAUUGAAAUGAGGCAGAACCUCUUUGCUCAUAUUUAACUGAUUUUUUAAGAGGCAAGGUUUACCAUUAAAUGUUUCCAACUAGGUAUUUUUGCUACCUUGUGGAGGCAGCAGUAAAUCAAUAAUUGUAUUGUUAUUUCAAAGGGGAAAACCGGUACAAUAUUUUGAAUCCCUAAAGGUUUAAACAAAUCCAACUUAAAUACUGUAAUUUGCUGUGGAAAUUAUUGUGGAUGAAAGUAAAAGGUUAACAAUUUAUCUGAUUUGACAACUUUUCAGUGGUUAGGGUAGGUCUUGAUAGAGCUUUAUUAAAAUAUACAUUUACUAUUUACCGUAUAAACUUGUUAUAGAACAACCUAACCUAACUGCUGGCUCUUGUUAUGUAAAUACUAAAAGAGUAAAUAAUGUAAAAAUUUUAUACUUUUUCUAAAACUAGCUGUUGUCAAAUUUAGUGAUUUUAUAAAAUGUAGAAUGACAUACAUUAAACAAAUUAUGUUUAUUUUAAUUAAAUAUUUAUAUUUGACAAUAUUUAAAAAAAAAUUAAAAAGAUGCUUUACAUUAUCAUAUUGGUAUAAUGCACUUCGUUUGAAUUACAAUAUUAUAGCAAAAGACAUUCCUUGUAAUAGAUUAGUUGUUAAAAACUGUGCUGUUUGGAUAUUUUGUGUUUUUUUUUCACUUUUAUAACAACGAAUUUGCAGUUUUGAUUCUAACGAGAAUUGAAUAUGAGUUUAAGUGAAAAAAUUGAACUAUGUUGGAAAAAGUUGAAAAAAAAAUUGAACAAAGUACUUAAGAUAUUUCGCCAGGAUUUAUGCUUUGUCAUGAUUGAAUGUGUAUUUAUUAUGUAUUUAUUUAUUUAUCGUCAUCCCAGUCAUCCAUUUACGAUCCCAAGAUCUCACCCGAGUAACGAAUGUUAUUGUGACUGUACUGAGGCGUUGUUUUAGAGUAUCUUUAGCGUAAGAGGUAGAGACUUUGGCAGGAAUUGCCCGGAUAUUCGGGAUAUUUCCUUCAAACGUUUGACCAAGAAAGAGAACCGUGAUAGAUUUGAGUGAAAAUAAAAAGUGUCAUGAGAA